AAAAAUUAUUUAAAAAUGGAAGAAAAAGAGCCCUUACUUGAAAAUCAAAGAAUUGAGCGAAGACGAACAAGUGACCCUCGAUUAAUUUUAACCAAUAAAGCUGGCUUCUUCACUAGAAGGAAAAGGCUUAAAAAGUUAAAAGAGGUGUUUUAUGAAAAUCAGGAUCGAUUAAUCGAGAAUUACCAUAUCGACGAGCAAUGCUUCAAUAAAUCAGAUUUCGAUCAUGUAGCUAUUGAAAUGGCUAGAAAUGAAAUGAAUAAAAAAGGUCAACGAAUGGACAGGCUUAUGGCAAGAAUUAUUUUUGGAUUAAAUGUUGUUUUGUUAGGUGCUAAUUUAAUGGCCUCGAUAUUAUCACAUUCUUACUCUGUUGUUAGUGCCUUUAUCGACAAUGCAAUGGAUCUAACAACUUCGUUAAUUGUCCAAACAAGUGUUUGGGCAAUAAAUAAUACAAAUAUGUUAAAUUAUCCAAGAGGUAGAGAACGAUUAGAAAUUGUUUCAGUAAUUGUAUGUUCUACAAUAAUGGGUGUAGCUAAUAUUAUGAUGAUUGUCAAUCCAGAAGCUACAAUACCUACAAUAUCUAUCCUUUUGGGAGGAAUAACAAUAAGAAUUAUAUUGUUAGCUAUUUGUUAUUCAAAAAGUUCCCAAGGAUGUAAACUUAUGGGAUUGGAUUUAAGAAAUGAUAUUUUGACAUCUGUGGUGGCUUUGACUUGUGCUGUUAUUGGGGAUAGAUACUGGCCUUUAGCUGACCCGAUUGGUGCAAUUGUUGUUUGUUCAUUUAUUGCAAUUUCCUGGAUGGCUAAUGUCUUCUCAACAAUUCCGUUAAUGAUAGGGCGUCGUGCCGAACAAGAAGCUAUUUCACGUAUUUUACGAAUUGCUAUACAACACGACGAUAAAAUUAAACACAUUGAUCAUAUGAUGGUUUAUCAUUUGGGGGAACGUGCAUUAGUUGAAUUACAUGUAGUUUUGGAUGAGCAUUUGCCGUUAAAGUUAACACAUGAUUUAACGGAAGCAUUGGAGAGAAAGAUUCGUUCGUUAGAAUUUGUUGAACGUGUUUUCAUUCAUGUAGAUUAUCAAUGUGAUGGAUGGUUGGGCGGCCAUUAA